UAAAAACAUCUACUUUGAUAAAACCCAAGCUUGAGUGAUCAAUUUUUUUAAAAAUAAUUUCAAUAAUAAAGUAAAUAUUUCUAAUAAAAUGGACUAAUCGUGAACAGGAAUGCCAAAGACAGCGGGGUCGAGAGAAAGGAAUCAAGAUCAAAUGAAAGUGUGAUUAGAGAUAAUGAUUUAAUAUUAAACAGUCGGAUUAUUUACUUCGAAAAAAAGUUUCAUCGUUUCAACGUUUCAAUCAACAUAUUAUGUACAUAGAAAGUCAGUUCUUAUUGGACAUAUGUGUGCGUUUCAAUGAAAUAAAUAUAACAAAACAAAACAAAAACACCAAACAAACAAAUAAUUGCUAUACUUUUAAUGUAUUUUGCAUCAAAACUUGUACUUAAAUUCUAGCCUCUGAAGUAAAUAUCCUGAGAAGUUCUUUAAGAGGAUUACCUUGAAAUAGCAUCUUAUCAGAGUAGUUUACGGGAACCCGUAUACCUCGAUUUCAAGUACGAUACGAAGAAACGAAUGUAAGAAGAACAUGGCUACUCAGAAGAUGUACGAAUUAUUAAGCAGUGGAAGAAAUGUCAGUAGUUUAGAAAUUAACACCUUUGAAUCUCAAAAUGAAACAAUUGAUGAUAUAAUGGGGAAUAUCACAUUUCGUGCUCAUGUAGCAACAUCACAAAGUUUGUUUAUCACGCGUCUGAUAGUUCAGAAAUACCUCGUCCCGUUUGUUGUCGCUUGUGGUAUUGUUGGUAAUUUCUUUAACAUUGUUGUUCUUGUCAAUCCGAAAAUGCGAACAUCAACCAACAUUUACCUUAUGUCGUUAGCUUUCUGUGAUUCCCUCUACCUUCUCUUUACAUUGACUUUAUCGUUCUUGCAUUGUUCGAAUAAAACACUUUCUGUAGAUGCGUUCCGUUAUAUACCUAUCGCAAGGGUGCUUUCGGAUUUAUUCGGAAAUACGGCCGUUUGGUUAACUGUUUGUUUUACUUUAGAACGAUACGUGGCAGUAAGAUUUCCGAUUAGAGGCAAGGCCUGGUGCACAGUAAAGAAGGCAAAGGUUGCGAUAUUUGCUACUGCCUUAGCUUGUUUUGUAAAUACCUUUCCAGAAUUCUUCGAAACACGAAUAAAGCGCAUUUAUGUCAACCGAACUACGCAUUCUUGGCAUUACGCGUGUGUUUCUUCUGACUUUGCAAACAGACCAAGCUAUCAGUUUGGAUAUUAUUGGUGGUUUGUUGCAAUUUUUACAUUCACACCGUUGGUUUUGCUUUCUGUCUUUAAUUUUCUUCUCAUACGAUCUGUAUGGGCAGCAAAUAGAAAACGACAAAUGCUCUCGCAGACUAGGGUAACUGGUGAAGCAAUUAAAAACACACACGAGCAGCAACGUGUUACAAUGAUGCUGAUAUCUGUAGUUGUGAUAUUUCUUGUGUGUCAAACACCACAGGCAAUUCUUCUCAUUUACAGAUCUUACGUUCAAGCCAGACUUAUGAAGUAUCCAGCGGACUUUAUUAAGAUAGCCGGUAACAUUUGUAACUUGCUGGUACAGAUCAACUCAUCAGUGAACUUUAUUCUGUACUCGUAUUUCAGUUGUAAAUUUCGGAGAACGUUUCGUCAAGUUUUUUGUAGAUGCAGAAGACACAACAACAAUAUGAAUUCAUCCGUGACAUAUUAUCAUAGGACAUCGGCUUUCCGCACAGGAUCAAUGUCACUUCGUUCCUCACAAAAUUCGGCAUCGAAAAUGAAAGCAACAAAAAGGGAUAUAAUUGUAGAGAUCACUUGAUAAAUAAUCUCCGUAAUGU